AUGUCGAAAGAAGUAUUUAUGUUAGUUAAAAUGAAAGUAACUUUUGAAAAGAUUUGAUUAAGUGUCAAAGUCUUUAGAACAAUUUGAUUUAUAUGAAUAAAACGAGUUUUCAAUACCUAGCACUUAAUAGUAUGUUUUAGUACUAUACUUAGAUACUCUGAGGAAUGUUAUGAAGCAUUUUAGAAGAUUUAUUAGACAAGCUAAGUUCCUUAACUUUAAACAAUUCCAGAAGAUGAAAAGGAGUUUUACAUUUUAAAUAGAGAUACAGGACUUAUGAUAGAUUGUCGAAAAUUAGAUUAUUACACAGUACCAAAAGCAGAUUCGAAGGAAGUGGCUUGGAAAAAUUACUGGAAACAUAGUAGAGAGAUAAGUGAGCUACUACUAUAAUUAAUCUAAUCAAAUGAAAAUAAUAAAGUGUAUGAACUACUAGCUCAUCCAUAAUUCUAUGUAGAUAUAAAUAUCAGGUAGAAGUAAUAUUAUAUAAAAUAGAGAUUUAGAUGACUGGACUCCUCUUCAUUUUGCUUGUCAAUAAAAUAACACUGAAAUAGUUCAAUUAUUAUUGCAUUAGUAAGCAAAUCCAAAAUUACUUUCUUUGAAUAGAAAGACACCAUUACAUAUUGCAGCAGUGAAGAAUAAUCCAAUAAUUUGUGAAUUGUUAAUAAAUUUUGGAGCUGAUAUUGAUGCUUAAGAUUCCGAUUAAAAUACACCAUUACAUAUUGCUUCAUUACAUGGAAAUGAUUAGGCUUGUAAAAUAUUGAUUGAGAAAAAUGCAAAUACUAAUUUGAAAAAUUAUUAGCAUUUAACUCCUAUAGAAGUAACUUCAGAUAUUAGAAUUAUUGAAAUUUUUAAUUCAUUCGGAAUCUCGCUUAAUAAUUUUACUUAUACAAGAACUGUUGUGAAGGAAUAAAAUUUAGUUUUACAUAAUAGUCGAAGAGAUCAUGUAUAAAAAAUAUUGAAGUUAGCUUAAUAAUAAUAAAAAGGAAUUAUUGAUCAAGAGAUUAAAUAAGAAUAAUUAGGAUUAAUAAAUAAUGAAUAAUAAGAAUAAUCUCUAAAUAAUUUUGAAAUUAAUUAAAAUAGAACUACUUGGGGUAAAAUUAUGGAUUUUGCUGUCUCCUUUUCUCGAAUCUCAAUCAAAGGUAAUAGAUAAACAAUAAAUCCAGAAUCUGAAAAAAAUAAGAUAGGUCCAUCUUCAUUUUAAUUUUAUUAAAAAUUAGGAGAAGGAGGAUUUGGUUAAGUAUUUUUAGUUGAAAAAAUUGGUUAAGAACCCAAAAAAUAUUAUGCAAUGAAAAUUUUAAAGAAAGAAGAUAUAGAUACUUCUAAUAUUAUAAAAUCUGCAUAAAUAGAAAAAGAUGUUUUAAAGAUUAUGAAUCAUCCAUUUAUUGUUAAAUUGAAUUAUGCAUUCUAAACAUUAGAUCAUUUGUAUCUUGUAAUGGAUUUGUGUUCUGGAGGAGAUUUGGCAACCCAUUUAGAAUUAGUUAACAAUUUUCCAGAACAUAUUGUAAAAAUAUAUGCAGCAGAAAUUACAUUAGCUUUGGAAGCAUUGCAUAAAUAAGGAAUAAUUUUUAGAGAUCUUAAACCUGAAAAUAUAGUAUUAGAUAAAGAUGGACAUGCUCAUUUAACAGAUUUUGGUUUAUCAAAAUAAGGAAUUGAUGAGGAAAUUUUGAAUCAAUCUUUUUGUGGGACUUUAGCUUAUUUAGCUCCAGAAAUGUUAAUGAAAAAAGGACAUGGUCGUUAAGUAGACUGGUAUAUGUUAGGAAUAUUUAUUUAUGAAUUGCUAGUAGGGGCACCACCUUAUUAUGAUGCUGAAAAGGAAAUUUUAAAAGAAAAUAUUAAAAGAGCACCUCUUAAAUUACCAAGAUAUCUAAGUUAAGAAGCUAAAGAUAUAAUUAUUUAAUUACUGAUAAGAGAUCCUAAACGUAGAUUAGGAUGUUAGGAAGAUGCCAAAGAAAUUAAGAAUCAUCCAUGGUUUAAUGAUAUUAAUUGGUUAGAUUGUUAUAAUAAAAAAUUAUAGCCUCCUAAACCACUUAUAUGUCAUGAACCUAAAGAAGCUAAGAAAGUUACUUUUAGCAAAAAUAGUAACAGAAACAAAUUAAAUGACUGGACCUUUUUUGAAAAUUGA